CCGUUGCUUCGCAACGAGUAAACUCUCAAGAGCAGACCAAACCAAACAAAUGCAGCUCCUCCCGGGCAGGCUAACGCUACCUAACUUGUUCUUGGUCAAUUAGCUUUCAGAUUUAUUAAACAAGUGCAAUGUCCAAGGCACAACCCAAGAAAAAGGAGUCCUCCUCCAGUAAAGUAUCUGUAUCCGACCGACAGACGGAAGCAGCGUCCCUAGUAGCCACUUCCUCUGAGAGCCUAGGAGGUGUCUGGAGAUGCAGAUUCCCCAAUUGGCCUGAGUGGAAUGAUGCAGAAGUCAACAAGGAGAAAUGGGACUCAAGUAAAGGAGCUGAAGAUGGAAAGAUGAGCAAGAGUCACAAUGCUCCAUUUUUUGAAGAUCCUGAGGGAAAAAUUUCCCUGCCUCCAUCUUUGAAAGUGCACUCCUGGAAGCGUCCUACAGAGUUUAUUGUCAACAAGGGUCUCACCGUUGUUGAAAACCAAACAACCUUUGACCUAAUCUCCCCCAAUGAUCAUCUGUUUUGCAGUGAGCUGAUGAGGUGGAUCAUCAGUGAGAUCUAUAUUGUUUGGAUGCUGCAUAACAGCACAUUUACAGAACAAGAUGUUUGGAGACCUUGGGAGCACAUCUACUCGCUGUGUAAGGUGGUGAAAGGUCAUGAGCCGCUCUACAACAACUAUGGGAAAUACAUUGUCAGACUCUACUGGAUGGGUUGUUGGAGGAAGAUAACAGUAGAUGAUUCGAUGCCAUUUGAUGAAGAAAACAACCUGCUUCUUCCAGCCUCCAACUGUCAGUCAGAGCUUUGGCCAAUGUUGUUGGCUAAGGCUCUUAUUAAAGUGGCCAACACAAAUGUAGUGUCAGAGGGUUGUGGGCAGAUGGGCGAAUUGACCUUUAUCCACACCCUGACCGGCUGGAUCCCAGAAAUCCGUCCUAUGAAGUCUGUAUACUUGGGAAAAACCUGGGAUUUCUUACAAGACACCAUUCCCAUAUUUACACACCCAGAUGAGAGUUUGCCGGAGACGAAGCCACAGACUGCAGAUCCAGUUGCAGGGAGAGAUUCCAGCUUUAAUGACAGCAAGAGUCAGCUGCCAGAGAAAAGUAAAGGUUCCCCCGAGGUAGUGGUGUGUGCAAGCUACUACCCUUUACAGCCGCAUAACAAUUCCUGUGGGUUUGGACAAAUGGCGAAUUCCUCAGAGUUUCUUCGUCAGUACGGUCUCUCCUUGCUGUACAGCCACAUUGUCCUGUUGACCAGAACUCGGGCAUGCCAGCUGGAGGCACCACCCAAACCUCCACCUAUACCCCGAUGGAAACUCAUCCGCCCGCGGAAGGAGAUCGUGGUCACCGACGAACCACAGAAGCUUCCUUUGUCAAAACUAGAACAGUUAAUUGAGGUUGCCAGCCCUUUUCUCUUCUACCGUGUCAAGAGCAGCACUGGCCCCAUCCCGGAGCUAGAGGCCAAGCAGAGUGCUCAGAGGAAACGUUCCCACGGAUCCCCUCUGGUGUGCAUUGCUGAGAGAGAGGAGACUGAAGGCCUUGAGCCUGAUGCCGUUGAACGCACCACUAACUCACCAAACAGCACAACAGACAAAAUAGAGGUUACUGCAGAGGACAGGAAGAAGGACAACGAUUACAUCUCCAAUGAUUGGCCUAAAACUGCUAUGGAGAGGCCUGUAACUGUGGAACCCUCAGCUCCUGUCAAACCCAUCCUGCAGGAGACAUGGGUGGACCUGGAUGACUUUGCUAAAUGCUUUCAGACUCUCUGGGUAUUCCAUAAACCACAGAUCUACCCACAUCAUAUCCAAAAAUCUCAUUUCAAGAGCACCGUCUUGCCCAAAACAGGCAUCAACUGUACUGGAUCAUCAACUCAAUCCACUGGUUCCCUCCCUCUGACAUCUACAGCAGCAAGCCCUGAAUGUCAAGAGGUGAGAGGCACUCACUACCUGUGUGUGGACAGCCUGCAACCCCCCCAGAUCCUCAUCAGCUUCUCUGCUCUGCUUCCCUGGGGAGAUACAGCUGAGGAGAAAAAGGACAUGUCAUCAGCAUGUAGGGCUGCAGUUCUCAUCGCCCAGGCCUACUCCUGGACAAGCCUGCAGUCUCAGCUGCCAGUUCUUAACAUCAAGACCACCUCCUCAAAGGCAGCCAUACUUAACUUACCCCCAGGGCGGCAUGUCUUGUCCUUCCACACAAAGGCAACACUGGGCUACCACGUUCACCUGUGCAGCAAGACACCUUUCAUCUUUGGGGAUGAAGAAACCAUCAUGCCACACCUUUCCAAGGAAAGUGCUCGUUUCACUGAGCAGGCCUCGUCUAUAUUGAGGGCCCUGUCCAGAGUGGUGUCUUCCUUUAGCGAUGAGCAGGACCAGCCAGCAGCCAGAAGAACCCUAGAAGAGGCUCACUGGCCCCAAAACAUCAACACCACCCUGGGAAAAGAGGAACACCACAAGGUGUUUAACUCUGCAGUUUACACCAUGCUGUGUGAGGCUCUGGGCAGGAGUCUGACAUCAGAGGAGCGUUUUGCUAUACUGGCCCUCACAGCUGACCCCUCACUCUUGGCCACCGACCCCAAAACACAAUCCCCUACAAGUGCCAUUUUGGAUGCAGAAUCAAAUCCUCCAGAAAGCUGGAGAGACAGGGAGCCAACAGACCGCGAGGUCAAGGCAGUCACCAUUCUGCAGGCUGGAUUCAAAGGGCACUUGGUGCGAGAGAUCUUUAAUGCCUCAAAACCAGGCACGAAGGAGAACCUCAGUGCAUCUAAGAUCCUUUUAGACAUGUGGCCGAAGGUUGAAUCAGAUGCAGAAAAACAUGCUGCCCUCUUGCUACGCUAUAUCAUUGACCACUCUGAGAGGAAAGCAGAGCUCUACUCCUGUCAGCAGGAUGAAUGGACCAGAGUCACCUUCGCUGAUUACUCUGUCUCUCUUCAAGACACAGCCAACUCCUGGGUCUUGGUCUUUAGAGAGGUGUUCCUGGUUCCUGAGGAGAUGGUGCUGGUGCCAAAGGUCUACUCGCCAGUCCCUAAUUGUCUGCUGCACGUCAUAAAUAACGACACAGGAGAGGAGCUGGACAUGGUCUUCAACAAAGUAGCAACCCAUGUCUAUCAACCCAACAGGCUUGGUUAUACUUUUGUAGCAGAGGCUAUCACACCUGAAUCACCCCCUGUUGGUGCCAAGUGGAGGAUGCGCUUGAUUGGCUCAAGGGAACUCCUUCCAAAACCGUCCCGUGAGACUCCCCUCAACAUGUUCUCAGUUAAGGAAUUCAGGGAUUAUUACAUUCCCAAUGACAAAAACCUCAUCUGUCGUUAUCAUGUGCAGGUGACGGCAGAUGUCCUAGGAACAAUUCAGUUUCAGACUUCCAGGUCAGAUGUGUUGAUCCGUCUGUCCAUUCUGGACCAGGAGAAGGAGGUUGCCAGAAACACUGGGAAGGGCCAUGUGGUAAUUCCUGUGUUCUGCUUCCUGCCCAACAAAGCCCCCAGUUGCACAGAUGAGAACAACCAGAACCAGAAGGGAUCCCCAUCCCAGGACAAGGGAGUCAAAGUGGUAGACACUCCCCAACAAAUAGAUGAGGAGAGUCAUAAGUAUGUGUUGCAGGCAGAGGUGCUUUAUAAAAGCUGGAAUUUGGAUGAAUCUCAACUGGCUUUUGUCCAUAUGCUCAGAGACUUGGAGAAGAAUGAAAUGAGAGCAUACAAGCUUGAGGACUUGAACCGUUCAGCAUCCACCACUGACACACUGCAGCAUCGUGGGCACAAAUCUGACAUACCCAAAGCCAACCGCAAAGGGGAAGUUGAUAAGGAGAAGGGGAAGCCAGCUGCCAACUCUAAAUCUGGCUCCAGGCAGGAAACGAGCCUUGACCUGACUAAGGCGAACUGGACUCUGCGUGUGGUCAGUGACAAGAGCAAAACAGAGAGCAUUGAGGUGAUGAAGGACACGGAGAGAAUGGACCAGAUUAAAGCCAUUAAAAAAGCCUGGGAAAUGGCUGAACCAGGCCGCUGUGCUAAGGCUUUAGAGUCUCGUCUCAAGUUUCUGAACCAACUCCAACAUCAAGCAGGCGAUGAAACUGCCACAGAUGGCACAGAGAGCAGACAGCCAGCUGCUUCCAGAUCUGAUCCUGGCAUCGCUCUCAGUCCAUUUAAUCCAAAGCUGACCGAUGCCUCAUGCUCCCAUUCUCCCAUGGACUACACUCCCUUCAUCAGACGGCAAAAGGAUUUUCCAGUGCUGAUGGACUCUCAGAUAGAGGAGAUCCGGCUGAAGGAGCGCCUAGAAAAGAUCCAGACUUACCGGUUGGUCCGAGACAAUGUGCUGGAGCAUCAGAAGCAGCAGGAGCUCAACAGGAAGGAGCUAAUGAGACACCCGCUGGAGAUGUAUGAGAACAUUCAGGCAGUCUUGUGGCAGCGGCGUAAGAAAUUCCUUGAUGCUUGCGAGGCAUUUAGAAACCGUCAGAUGACGGCCACAAAAAAGGAACUGGAUGAGAAACAAGUUCUGGAGGAGGUCCAGCAGCCACUUGUAGAAAAAACGAUCUCCACCUCUGCUGCCACCCAGCAGCCCACCAAAGGUGCCAAGAGUGCUGUCAAGAAGAAAUGAUGGUCAUUGGCACUAAGUUCCAGUUUCUGUUCUCCUCAGCUGACUCUUCUCCACAAGUCUGUUUAAACACUGAAGAAUCUUCAUUUAAUCACAUCGUAGCGUGCACUUGAUGAUAUAAUACCAGACCAAAAGAUUGUUGCUGCACCUGAUUCAGAGAUGAAUGCUUUUGCCUCUUGCUUAUGUCUUUUUACUCUAUUGAAACAUGAAACUAAGGACUAAAAAAUUAGUUUGUUUGUUAAUGUUUGUAAUGAUUUUUGUUUUCUACCAAAUAUGUUCAUACUUUCAUUUUUACUGUAUUUUGUAUCAUUUUUAGAAAAGUAUUGUCAUACCACACAUCUAUAUCCUUAAUCUUUCAUUUAUAACCUGUAUUAACAGAGCCACUGUUGACCCACAAAAGCAAUCUUUGUAGCUUUUGUUUAUUUCCAUUUAAAAUGUAUAGAAUAUAAUAAACCCUACUGGCUUUGUGCAUUGUUCAUUGCACUGAGAAUGUCAAGCCAUCUCACUUGCAAUG